GUGGCCCUGCAGAGCUAACGCCAUCACACGUAGCGGCUACGACGAGCAGCACGGCGACAUCAGGGCCACCACAGCAGCGCAGUCGUAUUACUGUCAAAUUAUUUCACUAUAACGGCAAUGGAAUACAGCGCUGCGGAUCAUUAGACGCGUCCGAACUGGGCCUCUGUUUUGGCGGCGCACAAAGCAAUGUGGAGGAAAUAAAGAUCCUGAUACGCUGAAAAACCAGAGAUUAUAGAUAAUGGGCUGUGUGCAAUGCAAGGAUAAGGAGGCAACCAAACUCACAGACGACCGAGACACCAGCAUCUCCCAGGGAGCCGGAUACCGUUAUGGGGCUGACCCGACACCACAGCACUACCCCAACUUUGGGGUCACCGCUAUCCCUAACUACAACAACUUCCACGCCCCCGUUGGGCAGGGGAUGACCGUCUUCGGAGGGGUCAGCACUUCCUCUCACACUGGAACACUGAGGACUCGUGGUGGGACGGGAGUCACCCUCUUUGUGGCACUUUAUGACUACGAGGCGCGGACAGAAGAUGACCUCAGCUUCAGGAAAGGAGAAAGGUUCCAGAUUAUCAACAGCACUGAAGGGGACUGGUGGGACGCUCGCUCGCUCACCACCGGUGGCAGCGGCUACAUUCCCAGUAAUUACGUGGCUCCAGUGGACUCUAUCCAGGCUGAAGACUGGUACUUUGGUAAACUGGGCCGUAAGGAUGCAGAGAGGCAGCUGCUGUCCACCGGUAACCCUCGAGGCACCUAUCUCAUCCGAGAAAGUGAAACCACAAAGGGUGCCUUCUCCUUGUCCAUACGGGACUGGGACGAUGUGAAAGGAGACCACGUCAAACAUUAUAAGAUCCGCAAGCUGGACAGCGGCGGCUACUACAUCACCACCAGGGCUCAGUUCGACACGUUGCAGCAGCUGGUUCAGCACUACUCAGACCGAGCUGCCGGGCUUUGCUGUCGCUUGGUGGUUCCCUGCCACAAAGGGAUGCCCCGCCUCGCUGACCUGUCCGUCAAAACCAAAGACGUGUGGGAGAUCCCACGGGAGUCGCUGCAGCUGAUCAAGCGCCUCGGGAACGGGCAGUUUGGGGAGGUCUGGAUGGGAACUUGGAAUGGCACCACGAAGGUUGCAGUGAAGACUCUGAAGCCUGGCACCAUGUCCCCCGAGUCCUUCCUGGAGGAGGCUCAGAUCAUGAAGAAACUGCGCCACGACAAGCUGGUGCAGCUCUACGCCGUGGUGUCCGAGGAACCCAUUUACAUCGUCACAGAGUACAUGGGCAAAGGAAGUCUGCUGGAUUUCUUGAAGGAUGGAGAAGGACGAGGGUUGAAGCUGCCUAACCUGGUGGACAUGGCAGCACAGGUUGCAGCUGGCAUGGCCUACAUCGAGAGGAUGAACUACAUCCACAGAGACCUUCGCUCCGCCAACAUCCUGGUGGGAGACAACCUGGUGUGUAAGAUCGCCGACUUCGGCCUGGCCAGGCUCAUCGAGGACAACGAAUACACUGCUCGGCAAGGUGCAAAGUUCCCCAUCAAGUGGACCGCCCCGGAGGCUGCGCUGUACGGAAAGUUCACCAUCAAGUCGGACGUCUGGUCGUUCGGCAUCUUGCUGACGGAGCUGGUCACCAAGGGUCGGGUGCCUUACCCAGGCAUGAACAACCGCGAGGUGCUGGAGCAGGUGGAGCGGGGCUACCGGAUGCCGUGCCCCCAGGACUGCCCCAGCUCGCUGCACGAGCUGAUGCUGCAGUGCUGGAAGAAGGACGCCGAGGAGCGGCCCACCUUCGAGUACCUGCAGGCCUUCUUGGAGGACUACUUCACAGCCACCGAGCCUCAGUACCAGCCCGGGGACAACCUCUAAACCCGCCUCCCGCCUCUCUCUCCGGGACUCGGGGUCGGCCGGAGGCUGGGGGCAGGACUGGCCCAAGACAGUUCUGUUUUUAAAAAAAAACAAAAAAAAAAAACUGGAGCCUUCCCAGCCGGGCCUUUUUAUUUUAGGGAUCUGUACAGCUUCCUCAGCUCAGCUCGAGCAUUUCAGUUCCAACUCCUACAAACACAACCCUCAGUCUCAGAGGCGCCCCCUGGAGUCUGAACUCUGUUAAUUAGGGAAGUGGAUGGAUGGAUGGACGGAGGAUGGAUGGACGGAGUUGACUGGUCAUGCUAAUGCAAUGAAAUACCUGUAUUCAGUGUAAAUAAGAAAAGCUUGUUUUAGUUUGUCUGCUUCCGUUCGAGAUUUUAUUUUCUGCUGCACAAAAAUGAUAAUGAUGAUAAAAACCGAUAGAGGCAAAAGAAAGACGACCACCUGAGCAGGCACACUUAAUCUGUAUUAUACUGUAGCUCCUCUAUUAUUUUCUAGAGAUUGAAUUUGGAAGCCGCGAUAUAUUUUUUUCUUAUAAUUUCCCAUAAUGUCUAAGAAAAUUCACCCCCAGAACAUUGCUUUAUUCUUGACUUUUUUAUAUGUAGUAUUGCAGAGGCUUCUCCAGACGUGCAUGACGCAGAUCUCCAUCAGCUUUUUUUCUUUUCCUCCCCCUCCCCACCCUUAAAGCUUCCUCAGAGUGCUAAUCUUAAGCUACUGCUGGUUCUUUUACAAACCGUAUGUCACAUUUUUGUAAAAUCACAGCCGAGCGUGUAAGGAUCUUUUGAACAUAUCCCUCCUCGCUUAUUUGAGAAGAUUCGGGUGGAAAUAUUUCCGUCUUCCUGCCACAAGUGGUGUUGUUUUUUUUUUAUUAUUAUUUUGUUAAGUUGAAAGAAGAGAAAGGAGUUAAUUUAAGAAGUCUGUCUUUAUUUGAGCUGUCAUUCCGGGGCCUCACCUCGUCAUCGGGAAUCUUAAUUUCGGAGGGAAGUCGAUGCAAACUGUGGCUUUUCACCUCAUCUCCUGCACGACCUUCUCUCGAGCCUGCAGCUGAACCUGGACCACCUUACCUCCUGAGUUACUUCUGCUUUUAUGUUUUACUGACACGAUUAUAUUCAGUAUUGAGUCUUUGGUUUUUACAGAGUAUGUUUUUAUUCAACCCUUUUAAGUGAUCCUUUAAGCUGUACUGUACAUUCAGGGGAACUCUGGGGGCAAAUUCAGGUGACAAUAAGAAGAAGGUCUGAAUGUGUCAUGAACUGAAUCCAGCCCUGACCUGGUCCUAAUGCAGAUGGUUUCAUGGCCAAUGGAAACCCCUCAUUUUUCAGUUGUACAGCUAAAUGGUUUUUAAAUGUCGCUAACUUCCCUCCUUUGUAUCUUUUCAGUUCCAUGUUUUUAACAUUACUUGUUUUGUUAAUUCAGUGAUUUGGCGUUUGGAAUUCAGAAAAGACCAAUAAACAUUUUACACUCUUUCCAAGACA